AUGUGGGUGAGGUGGUUGAGGGCUCAGACGAAGACGACGGGCGAAUUAUCCUCUAUGAAAACGACCCCACGUUGGAACAGGAUUGUUAAAGCCGAGCAGUGGUUCAAGCAACCCUUGAAAGUCACCGAAGCGGACUACAUAUGGUGUACCCGAUUAGGUGACACAUUUGUACACGUGCUUAUGCAUGACGCUGGGGGCGAUGCCUUGGAGUAUCUGAAAGAAGCCCCCAGUCUGGAGGAAGGAAAUGCGGAAAUUCUUUAUGCGAUGCUGCAGCACUGUGCUGCCAGCAAAAAAGACGACGAGGCGCGGUCCAUCAUCCAGAAUGCCGUUACCGAAACGGUCGCAGGCAUGGUCAACCUAUCGUUAGUGGUUGACUAG